CUUUGUUCUAGUACCAUACAAAGCCAGGCAAGAUGCAUAAAGUGGGUGGCAUCGUGGAUGCUCUAUAAAAUCCGCCUGCCGGUGUGCCCUUUGACCUGACCUGACCAACACGUUCCCAGCGCCACUGACCAAUGACAUCCACCGUCGCGUCUUUCUCUCUCUCCACUGAGGUGGAAGACUGGCUGAGCCCACCGGCCACCGCAUCCUCGAAGGAGGAGAGACUCUGCGCGUCCGUCCGCGUGUGGGAAGCCGUCGAGUCCGAGCUGAGCGACGCCUCAGAUCUCACUCUCGCCGGAUGCUGGGACACCCUCCGAGUCUCCCUGUGCACCGAAUUUCCUCUUUGCUUUCUAAGCAGCAUGCUGACCGGACGCAUUUCGCUCCAGGGACGCGAUCUCCGACCGUGUCUCGCACGCAGAACACCGUGCCAACGCCCAGCGCACCAGCUGCAGCCCCCCGGCGCCGAGAAGAACUUGGCAGACCCGGACUCCGCGCAGAUCGAAGCCGACCGGGCGAGCGCCACCGAGAUCGUCGCCUACGCGCGCAGCGAGCUGGAGCUGAUCAGCGCGGUCCGCGUCGCGGAGGCGUCGUGGCCGACUUGCCCGGAGAUGGCCGCGAUAUUCGAGCCUGAAGACGAGGAGUUGAUGCGCCGCAUUCUUGCCCGAGCGUCGGCGCUCCUCGAGCGCAUCAACGUUCUCCACGGAAGCGGACUCGCUGUGGCUGAAGAGAAACCAGUCAAGUCCAAUUCGGCUUAGCCGGUGCGACACGGUAUCAUGCCGGAUCUCAUAUUCUGUAUCUUGAGUAAAGCGCGUGUGAAAAUUACAAGUCUUUUGCAACGCCCGAGGCAGGCAGUGAUGAAAUACGAAUCAAGAAUUGGAUUGCUGCUGGCUUAAAAACCACG